GAAAACUAUGAAGAUCCGUCACUAGAUGAAGAAAAAUCACGAAUCCUGAAAAUGUUAUUUGGCAAUACAUGUCCUCCAUUUGGAAUAGAUGUAAACUUUGAAAUUGCUACGAUACAAAGUACAACAAAAAUGUUCGGAUGCGCCAACUUGCAACGUAAUAUGAAUAUAAGCUGUAGUCCUAUAUUUAAUUUAUGGCUUGAGCGUCCAAUGAAAACCAUCGCACAUAGUCAUUGUAAAGAUGUAAAAAAUAUGGACCACUUUGUAUUUGAGUGUUUAUCAAAAAGGGAACCGACUAAAAAGGAAGAGAUUGCUAAAGGCUGGCAUUAUAUAACAUUGAUGGAACAUGCUAAUCCAAACACCACAAAUCAAGAUAUAAAUCAAAUGGUCUACAGAUGUGCCGUGUACGAUGUGAAUGACGCCCCUGCCGAGGGAGUAAAAAUAAUAAGGAUGGCGAUCAGCGCGCCAAACAUAGGACAACUGCACCAAAGACAGUGCGAAAGUCUUUCAAAAACUAUGGGAAAGGAUGAUCUACCACACAUUCCCGAAGGACGACGAACUUGGCCUGAUAGGUCAAUGUAUUUGUAUAUGUUGGGAAAACCGCCCUUAAUCGGACCUCCUAGAAAAUACGGGGAUAUCGUUAAGUACCCUACCAGUCGCCCGAUGAAAACAACUACAACCAUACCAAUUACAACAACAGAAAUCAUAACUACUACAAGAUCCAAUAGUUUUAUCCAAUACCAAACAAGGCGUUAUCCACCAAUAUUUACACCGUAUAUUAGAACUACUCCAAAAUCAACCUUUUUUGACUACCUAGCUAUGUUAACUGCUCAUCGUCACAACCCUUAGAAAAAAACA